AUGCCGCCGUUUACGACUCCGAGGGCCGAGGCGCGUCGCCAUCAGCAGCUACAGCAGCGGCAGCGGAGUCGCGCGCCGUGGCUCGCCGGCUGGAAUCGCCAGUGCCUCGCUGCGAUCAAUCUAGACGUCGCCUGGGCGCGCUUCGUAAAGGCAGUCGGCCGGCGGUUAGAGUCCCCAAACCGGCCGGCUAAGUCCGGUUACUAUGCCGGCUGUAACGGCUGCCUAGCCGGCGUAGCGCUAGUCUGCGCGCUGCUCGUCGUCCUCCCGCUCAUUCUCCAGCGCCGCGCGUUUCUCUCCUCUUCCGCCUUGCGCGCCGCGUCAUCCAUCGACCGCGAGGCGCUGGCGGUGGCGGUGGAGCGGCGCGGGCCGUACAUCGACUCCGCCGACAUCAGCGCCGCCUCCGCGUGGCCCUCCGCGCUCGACGAUCUGCCGCCACCGCGCGAUGAUUCCGUGCGCGGGACUGUUGCGCGCGCGCGCGGGGAUGGGGGUGCGGGUGGCGAGGGGGUGACAGGGGGGAACGGGGAGGGUGAAACGCGGGAGGGGGGUUUGCGAGAGGGGGAGCUGCAGGGGGAGGGGGAACGGAGAAGCGGAGGGGAGGCGGAGGGGGGAGCGGAGGCAGCGUGUGCGUCAGGAGGCGCGGGGUGCCCUUACCCUGACAUUGUCGUGCGCGCCAAGGGUAGGGCCCUUCCAGGGGAGCGGAUGUGGGCGUGCGAGGCAGGGGAGGGCGUCAGGCGGGUGGGGCUUACUGCCAGGGUGGCCGUGGUGGCGUGCAGUAGCGUGCGCGCGCAUGACAUUCCACGGCACUGCACACUGCACCGCAGCGCCCUUGCCUUCCCAGGCAGUGCGCUCUUGUGUCGCCCCCAAGCACUGCUCCUCUCCUGCACGCUCCUCUUUUUCUUCGCCUCACCUGCUCUCCCCACACAUUACCCCCCCUCCACUCUCCCCCCCUCCUUUCACUCCCCCUUUCCCCUCGCUCCCUCCCCAGGGACCGCAUGGAGGCGGUGUGGUCCCCUACAUGCGCGCAUGGAGGCAGUGUGUGCGGGCUACGCCAUCACGCAGCUGCUUCCCUUCUCUCUCCUAUCCACUUUCCCCAACGCCCCUCGCCUUUCCCCACUCUCUUCUUCCCCAGGGCCCCCUGCAUGCGCGCAUGGAGGCGGUGGCCCUCUACAUGCGCGCAUGGAGGCGGUGUGUGCGGGCUACGCCAUCACGCAGCUGCUCGCCAUGAAGCUCUCCCCGCCCGUCGUUGACGCCGUCGGUGUCCCCCACCCGCACGGCCCCCACGCUGCUGCUGCUGGCGCGGCUGCCGCUGCUGGUAUGGAUGCUGCUGCUGCUGCUGCUGCUGGCAGCAGUGGGGGCAGCAGCAGCAGCGGGGGAGCAGAGGGGCCAGGGGUGGGAGAGGAGGGGGUGAGGCAGCUGCGGCUGGCGGUGCUGUGGCAGCCGGACAGCGGCGUGUGGGACGCGCACUUCCACCACCUCUUCCUGCCCCUGCCGCUCUCGCCCUCCCUGCCUGACGACCACGAUGCACCGCACAACGGGUCACACAACGACCCACGCGCUGCGGGUGCUGCGACGGUGGCGGUGCUGCACGAGAAGCCGCUGUGGCUGCACUCGCCACUCUACGCUGAAGGGCCGCAGCCGCAGCACAACCCGCACGGUGCGCAGCAGGCGCCGUGGCUGGUGGAGCAGCCGCCCGUCCCCUUCCCCACCCACCCUCACACCACUCGCCGCCGCCUGCUGGGCACCGGCGCCAACAGGGUGAGCAGCAGCACCGGCACUGGCAGUGGCAGGGCGCGCUCCUCCCAGCAGCUCAGAAGUGGCCGCCUCGCGUCUGCUCGCCUGCUGCUGUCUCCUCCUGGGUCAUCCUCCCCUGGGGCCGAGCCUGAUACGCAGAGCAGUGGAGGGCAGAGAAAUGGUGGUCAGAGCACUGACGGGCAGAGCACGGGGCGAAGGCGACUGGCAGAGGCGGCAGGAGGCAACACAGGAAGCUCAGGAAGCACAGGUGGCAGCAGCAGCGGCGGCGGUGGCGGUGGCAACACGGUGUCUGUGAGCCUUCACCUGCUCUCGUCCCUGCGCAGUGCUGCCACGAGCAUGGAGGUGGCGCCCGGAUCAGAGGAGGCGAUGGAGCUGCAGGCGUCCAUGGUGGAGUGCUACGGCAUGCUGCACCCCUCGCCCGCCGUGCACGAGAUAGUGGCAUGGGAGAACCUCACUCACGUGCGCCACAGCACCGCCGUUUACAUGGAGAUAGCUGCUACAAUGCAACCACUUGCUUUCUUCCUCAUGCUCCUACCUUCUCAUACACUCGCCCUUCAGUCAAGCUCUGCCCUUGUGGCCCGUUCCGAUCACCCUUCUGUUCGCCCAUGGCAGCCGGUGCUAUCAGGGUGCACGGGGUGCGAUGUGAAGCAGGUGGUGAACUGCACGGCGCGGCGCCUCAUGUGGCUCUUCCUCGCGCACCCCGCCACCGCCACCACGCUCGCCGCCUUCUGGCCCUCGCACGCCCUCGCCGUCGCCCACACCUUCCACCCCGCCCGCCAGCCGCACCUCCUCCGCACCACUCUGCACCGCUCUGAACAGUGCCGGCCGAACCCCCAGCGCGGGGAGAUGGCGGCGCCGCCCAUCGUGCCGCACCCGUGGACGCCGAAGCAGAUCGCAGAGAAGCGGCACCGCGCUGACAUGGCCAAGAACGUGAGCCGCGCCGACGCUGCUGCUGCUGACGUGGCGAUGAGUGUGGCGAGCAGGAAGGAGCGCAAGGAGUGGCUGGAUAAGGCGGUGCAGGAGCAGCUGCAGGCGGAGAAGCGGAGCGCGCGAGGCACGGGCGAGGGCGGAGGGGAGGAGGGGAGCGGGGCAGGAGCAGGAGAGGAAGGAGCGGGGGGAGGGGAGGGAGGGAGUGUGAGCUUGAUUGCAGGUGUGGACGGGCCGGAGGGAGCGGGAGAGGCAGGCGGGAUGGACGCGAAGGGCGAUGCACGGAGGGAGCGAGUGCUGGAGUUUCUACAGAAGAUGUACGGGCCGGGCAUGGGGGCAAGGCAGCUGGGCAAGACGGAGGGCGAGCAGCGGCGGCAGAUCAGAGCGAUGCUGAAGGAGCUCAUGGGGCGCGACUGGAAGACGGUGCUGGCGGGGGAGGAGGAGGGCGAGAAGGAGGGCGAGGGGGACGGGGAGGGGGAGGGGGAGGGGGAGGGGCAGGGCAAGCAGAAUGUUUUCAGUCUGGCGAAGCAGGAGCAGCAGCAAGGCGAGGCCCGGGAACAGCUGAGGAAACAGAUGGCGCUGGCAGAGAAAGAAAUGGCCGAGAGGGAGGCGAAGGAGAGGGAGGUGGUGCAGAGGGAGUGGGAGGGGCUGGACGCGAAGCAGCGGUCGAUCCGGUGCUCCCAGCUGGAGGCGGCGGAGCUGUUCGCGCUCUCCCACGCGCUGCGCCUCGUCCACCUGCAGCACUCGCCCCAGGCCGACUUCCUGCACGCGCAGGCCAUGGCCAGACGCGCCCAGGAGGCUUCGCAGGCUGCGGGUGGGGCUGUGGGGAGGGGCGAGCGGGGCGGCGGGGGGUGGGUGGGGGCGAUGGCGGAGGGCGUGGAGCGCGGCGAGGAGGUGGGGCUGGUGCGCGAGGAGACGGUGUGCCAGGCACCGUCGACCAAGCCCAUCACGAAGCACCGCAUCGGGCACCAGCUGAUCGUGGAUGAGGGCAUAGGGUUGCUGUACUGCUGGGUGCCCAAGGUGGCGUGCACGAGUUGGAAGGUGUGGCUGCGGCAGCAGCACCACGACAGGCACAGCAACGACCUGCUGUCAACGCACCGCCCCUUCGCCUCCAACAUCACCGAGCUCUGGUACGCGCUGUCGGAGCCCGCAGCCAUCCGCGCCGUCACGCGCCCCGACCUGCUGCGCUUUGUGUUCGUGCGGCAGCCCUUCGAGCGCAUCGUCUCCGCCUACCUCAACAAGCACGUGGCGGGCGGCGGGCCCGAUGGAUGGGGGCGCAAGUUCUGGAAUCUG